UGGGCGUGGCGAGGGGCGUGGCGCGGUGGGCGUGGCCGGCCUCGUCAGGCGGUGUCCUGCCCGGCCUGCCCGGCCUCGCCCGGCCUCGGCUCGCUCCCCGCCAUGGGGCCUGGCUGAGUGGCCGCCGAUGGAGACCCCGGUGGCGCCGAGCUCCGAGGCGGAGCCGGGGCCCGAGGAGGUGCUGCGCUUUUUGGCGGAGCGUGGGGGCCGGGCCCGGCAGGCUGAGCUGGUGCAGCACUUCAGGGGCGCCCUGGGCGGCGAGGCGGAGCAGCGCGCCCGCGCCCGCGCCCGCUUCAAGGAGGUGGUCAACACCGUGGCCGUGGUGCGCACCGAUCCUGCCGACGGCACCAAGUACGUGCACCUCAAGAGGAAGCUGUGUCCCGGGCCGCCUCCCCAAGUGGAGGGGACCCCGGCGCCCCCUGGGAACGCGCUGUACGGCGUGAACCCCUGCGAGGGCCAGCUGUCCCCCUCACCCGCCGGGAACCCGCCCCGCGUCCAAGUGACCGCGCCGGCGCCCGAAGAGGCCAUCGACAGCCCAGCCGAGCCGGGGGAGAUCGGGGAGAACGGCGACUUCUGUGGGGCGGCAUCCCCCGAAGACGUCCCCAGCGUCCAGGAGAUUGAAGCGAGCGAGGCGCCUCCCGGACAUGGCCGCGAACCUGGCCAUGGCGCGUCCUUGGUCACCGGUGGCCACGGCGGGACCCCGAGAAAGACCUCGCAGAGCGACGGCCACCCGCUGGCCGGGGCGUUGGACCCCGCUCUCGGUGAGAACCUGGAGCGUCCGACCAGCCACUGCGAGGAGGCGGGGAGCGAGCGCAGCCCCCCUGGAGGAUCCCACACCCCGCGGCCUGCCCGCCAGAACGUCCGAGACCUCGUGGUGGGCAGCUCCCCGCAGCUGAGAAGGAGCACCUCCGGGCCGGGGCGCAGCAGAAGCGCGGGCGACUCGGACAGCGCUUCCCUGGCGUCGUCCUCUGCCGAGGAAGAGAGCAGUGGCGGCGGUGGGGGCUCCGUGACGCUGGACCCCCUGGAGCACGCUUGGAUGCUCUCGGCUUCCGAAGGCAAGUGGGACAGCUUGGAAGGGCUGCUGGCCUGCGAACCUGGCCUCCUGGCCAAGCGGGACUUCAUCACUGGUUUCACUUGCCUGCACUGGGCCGCCAAGCACGGCCGGCAGGAGCUGCUAGCCAUGCUGGUCAAUUUUGCCAACAAGCACCAGCUGCCGGUGAACAUCAACGCCAGGACCAGCGGGGGCUACACCGCCCUGCACUUGGCGGCCAUGCACGGGCACGUGGAGGUGGUGAAGCUGCUGGUGGGCGCUUAUGACGCCGACGUGGACAUCAGGGAUUACAGCGGCAGGAAGGCUUCCCAGUACUUGAGCCAGAGCAUCGCGGAGGAGAUCAAGAGCCUGGUGGGGGCCCUGGACGACCUGGAAGGGGAGAGCGCUGGCAGCGGCGUCGGGGGGCGCUGGAGGCUGUCCAGGAUGCUCCCAUCGCACCUCAUCACCUAUAGGCUCUCGCACGUCCUGGAGGAUGGAGGCGACCACCACCACCACCAUCACCACCACCACCACCACCUGCCAGAGGGCUGGGCUGGAGGCAAAGCAAAAGACCCCGGGCGCAAAGCCUCGGGGAGCUCCAGUGGACGGCUAAAACCACCCAGACUCAACAAAAUCCGCUUCCGAACCCAGAUUAUCCACACUACACCCUCCUUCAGGGACCCGGAGCAGCCACUGGAGGAAGGAGAGGAGGAGGAGGACCGACCUCUCAAGGGUCACUCCUCCUCGUUCAAAUUGAGACCUAAAUCCAAUGUAUUUGGGUAAAAGGAAUUUCCCGGAGACUUUCUAAGGUUGGUUUUUCUGCAGGAGUGGAAUGCUCUGUGUGGAUAAGAACAGCCCAGGAAGACUGAGUGAGGCUCAAUAGUGCCUUGGUGAGGGGUUGGACCGCCUUGUGCGGCUAGCAUCCUGGGAGAAGCGGGUCUGCAAGAAUUCCUUACUGCCGCGCCACACCUGCCCUCUUCUCCCCUACCCCUCUGCCUUCCUCUCCCCUAUCCCCCUGCCCUCUUAUCCCUACCCCUCUGCCCUCCUCUCCCCUACCCCUCUGCCCUCCUCUCCCCUACCCCUCUGCCCUCUUCUCCC